AUUAAAGUUGAUAAAAAGUAAAUUGGUUGGAUAAUUAUAUUAAAAUUAAAUAUGAAGAUUAUGGCAGUGUACGCUGUUACCUCAGCAGAAGUACCUCUUUUCUCCACUUUGCGCCAUCGCUUUAGAUGUCUAUUUGGUACCAUACCAGGUGUUCCAAAAAUUUUCGCUAUUUCAAGACCACUUGCAGCUAUCGAGCCCAAGGGCAAGCGACUAUCUAUCCUUACGUCACACGCCUCUUAGGAAAGUGAUUGAUAAAAUCCACUAUUCCUAUAAAAUUAUCUGGACUUAUUGAUUUCAGUUCCAUUUUGCGUUAAGUUGUGUCUGCAAUGAAUGUCACAUUCAGUCGCCAAAUUAGCGCUCAUCAGGAGUUUGUCAAUGAACUGAAGGUGCAUGCCUGGUAUAAACAAAUUGACAAAAAUAAUGAUGGCUUCAUCGACUUAAAAGAACUGAAAGAUGCUUUGGACGUUUGCGGUUUCAAAAUUCCUGGCUGGAAGGUCAGACAAAUGGAGGAAGAUUUCAAGCAAAAAAAGGGCGCCAUGGCGGACGGUAAAUUAUCAUACGACGAAUUCGAAAAAUUAUGCAACGAUCUAAAAGCGAGCGAAGUGGCGAGUACCUUUAAACAGGUAGUUCAAAAGAAGGAAAACCUUCAUCAUUUAGGUGGAACUUCGGAUGCGUCUAAUGAAGGUACAAUGCACUGUGUACGUGUAGAAGAGCAAUUGGCGUUCUCAGAUUGGAUCAACUCGAACUUAAAACAUGAUCCAGAUUUAAAGCACUUAUUACCUAUUGAUCCCGAUGGGAAAACCUUAUAUGACAAAGUCAAAGAUGGAAUUUUAUUAUGUAAGGUGAUUAAUCACUCUUGUCCGGAUACAAUAGACGAACGAGCCAUCAAUAAAAAAAAUUUAACGCUAUAUAGGAAGUUGGAAAACUUAACGCUUGCGCUUUCCUCUGCUCAAUCAAUAGGUUGUAACGUAGUUAACAUUGAUGCUCACAGUUUAGAGAAAGGAACUCCACAUCUAGUAUUAGGAUUAGUUUGGCAAAUCAUUCGGAUCGGUCUUUUCAAUCAAAUCUCAUUGGAGCACUGUCCAGGACUUACGGCUCUUUUAACGGAUGAGGAAAAGAUUGAGGAUUUAUUAAAACUCUCGCCAGAAGCUAUAUUGUUGAGAUGGGUCAAUUAUCAUUUAGCUAAGGCGGGUACGCAUAGACGCGUUAACAACUUCCAAAGUGAUAUCACCGAUUCUGAGGUGUACACUUACCUGCUUAAACAAAUUGCCCCAGGAGAUUAUGGAGUGACUAUGGAAGCACUUAUGGAGAGAGAUCUUCAUAAUCGGGCAGAAAUUAUGUUACAACAAGCGGCCAAAUUAAAAUGUCGUUCAUUUGUAACGCCACAAGACGUCGUCAAUGGAGUUUAUAAACUUAACUUGGCCUUUGUAGCUAAUCUUUUUAACAAUCAUCCAUGUCUAGAGCAAUCCAAUGGAAUUUUAGACGGUUUUGAAACACUAGAAGAAACAAGGGAAGAGAAAACUUACAGAAAUUGGAUAAAUUCAAUGGGCGUAAAUCCGCACGUGCAUUGGUUAUAUUCCGAUCUUGCCGAUGGUUUGGUCAUAUUUCAACUGUACGACAUCAUCAAACCUGGCAUUGUCAAUUGGCAGAAAGUUCAUAGGAAAUUCAGUAAUCUUAGGAAGUUCAUGGAAAAAUUAGAGAAUUGUAAUUACGCGAUCGAACUAGGAAGGGAAAUCAAAUUUUCGCUAGUGGGAAUCGCCGGCCAGGAUUUAAAUGAGGGAAACAUAACGCUAACGUUAGCUUUAAUAUGGCAGUUAAUGCGAGCGUACACAUUGUCAAUUUUAUCGCAACUUGCUCAGACUGGAAAUCCUAUUGUAGAGAAGGAGAUAGUUCAGUGGGUUAAUGCUAAAUUAGAAAACGCGAGUAAAAAGUCUUCCAUUAAUAACUUUCAAGAUUCUAGUAUUAAGGACGCGACGGUCGUUAUCGAUUUAAUCGACUCCAUCAAACCGGGCGCGAUAAAUUAUGAUUUAGUGAGGACUGGUGGCAGUGAUGAGGAUAAUCUGGCUAAUGCGAAGUAUGCAAUUUCGAUGGCUCGCAAAGCGGGAGCUCGAGUAUAUGCCCUUCCGGAGGACAUCACGGAAGUAAAACCGAAAAUGGUGAUGACCGUGUUUGCUUGUCUGAUGGCACUAGAUUACGUUCCCAAUAUGGACAGCAUUUCAAGACAGUAGUAUUUAGAAUUAUAAAUAUUGCAAUCUACAGCUUAGUAUAACAGCUUAAUACAUUCAUUAGGAUUCAUUGUAAAAAAAUUUACAUAAUCUGUGAUUACUAGAUUCAGGAACAUUCCAAAUCAUUACUUAUGGAAUUCCAUUUAUGUAUACUAGUCUGUGUACAAGUAUUAUUUUUCAAAAUCUGGUUACAUUCUAUCUAACUUUUUUUGGGUGCAAUAAGUUUAAGUAAUUUUAUUUUUUAAGAAUUUUAGAUACUUGAUAUUUACCAAUAAUUUUGUAAGGACAUUUUUUGAUUAAUCGUAAUCAUUCCGUAUUACUUAAAAAGUUUUUUUUUUAUUACCAUUGUUGUUUUAUUGUAUAUAAUAUUCCUUAAUGUUUUACAUAUAAUUUAUUGACUUCGGGAGAGCAACCUAAGUGCCAUUUACCAAUAAUUAUGAAUAUAAAUUGUUGUGUACCACAAAUUUGCAUUUGAUACAUUUAUAAGUCGAUCCUUUUUUUCUUUGAUGCUCCUUUGUACUGAAACUGAAACAUAUUGUAUUAUUUUUAAGCAAUUGUGAAGUACAUACGAUAAU